ACAGUAGGUAGUACAGUGGGGUUAAAUUUACCCCACUACUAUCACUUUCAUUAUCAACGCCCGACAGAUACGCGCUGUGAGUUCUUUAAUAUAGCGCGAUUGACCUAUAACGUUAUAGGAGGAUAUACGCAAAUACACGGAUCUCUUCCACUAAACAAAUACCAAGACUAUAAGAAGACUACCGUUAGCAAUGGAUAUCGACGACAUAUUACGAGAGGUCGAUCCUACAUUCGAUUCUAUCCCUGAAGACACACGCGACUUACAAGCGUUAACACGCGCCUGGGUCGCAGAGAGGUCUUCACCCGAGCUACUCGAUUGGCCGAUCGACGGCUUAUUCGAGCGCAUAAACGAACGUAUUAAGCAGCAGAUCGAGAAAAUCGAGGAAAUGACAGGCGAUAUGGAUCCUAAGACCAACUUUGCUUUGAUCGUUAUACAGACCGAGCUUGAGAGGUAUAAGUACUUGGUGCGGAGUUACUUGAGAGCCCGUAUAGCCAAAAUCGACAAGCAUACCCUACACUACCUUUCCAACCCCGUCAUCCGGGCUCGUCUUUCACCGCCUGAACUCGCAUAUGCCACUCGGCACCAGGCUCUUCUCCACAAUCAUUAUCUCUCCUCGUUCUUAUCGUCGUUCCCGGCACCGCUACAGAAUCUUAACGAUACGGCUGGGAAUAUUAGCAUGAUAGAUACACCGGACCUCGAUACGGCUGUGUUUAUCCGCUUACUAGGAGAUACGCGUGUCGAAGGGCGGGGCACAGACGAGGAUGGCGCGAUGGAUGGUAAGAAUGGCGAUAUUGUUAUUCUAAGGUGGUCGGAUGCAAGGAAGUUGGUUGAUUCGGGCGUGGCUGAGAUAGUAUGAAGCUGGCCUGUCUU